AUGAAGCACACUAGGCGGUAUCUGGUUGGGAUAUCGGCUCUGCUCGUACUCCUAGUUGGUGGUGGAGUAGCACUUGGCAGGGCACUCAACAAAGAUGACGACCUGAUGGAGGACAUGACACCGAAGUCGAUGGAUGCGAUACUGACCGAGAUACGCAGCCUCAUGCGGGACUACUCGAUCGAGGCGUACAUCGUCCCGUCGGUGGAUGCACACAACAGUGAGUACAUCUCGCUGCACGACCGCCGAUAUCAGUACGUUACCAACUUCACCGGUUCGGCAGGAACUGCCAUCAUCACGCUAACGGGAGCAGCUAUGUGGACGGACUCUCGUUACCAUCUGCAGGCUGAGGGACAGAUAGAUCCCACCUACUGGACGCUUAUGAAGGAAGGGCUUGCAGGUGUUCCCACACGGGACGAGUGGCUGCUUUCGCAUUUGUCCCCAGGUGGGCAGGUCGGGACGGAUCCCUUCCUGAUUGCUUCUACCGAGUUCGAGCGGCUUGGUGGAGCACUCGCACGUCAGGGUUACCGACUCAUCACACUCGAGCGUAAUCUGGUCGAUAUCGUGUGGAAUAAUCGUCCACCUCAGACGGCGGAACCACUGCGUCCACUCGAGCAUGCCUACUCAGGCCGAUAUGCCUCAGAGAAGAUACAGGACCUGCGGAACACCCUGCAGGAACAGAGUGCGAACGCGAUCGUCAUCAGCGCUCUGGAUGAGAUAGCAUGGCUCCUAAACCUGCGUGGUUCUGACAUCCGCUACAACCCGGUGUUCUUCGCUUACCUCAUUGUGUCUCACGGAGCGUUACACCUGUUCACGGCUCCAGAGCGCAUUAACGAGACGAUACGUGUUCACUUUCAGACCGAAGGUAUCUCUGUGGAUGUACGCGAUUACCGAGACGUUCUGGCAGGUAUCGAAGAGCAGGUGCGAGGUGGCAAUCGGCUGCUCGUGUCAACCGCAUGCAGCCAGGCGUUGUUUGCGGCCAUUCCAGCGGACCAACGCAUCCAGCUGUACAGCCCCGUGGCACAGUUGAAAGCGAUUAAGAACGCGGUGGAAGCGUUUGGAAUGCGUCGGGCGCACAUCCGCGAUGGAGCUGCUGUCGUGCGGUACCUUCACUGGCUCGAGCAGCAGGUUGAUGAAGGUAACGUGACCGAACUGUCCGGAGCGGCUCAACUGCGGGAAUUCCGCUCUCAACAGGACCUGUUCGUCGAUCUCAGCUUCACCGCUAUCAGCGCGUUUGGACCAAAUGGAGCCAUCGUACACUAUAGCCCCACAGAGGACACAGACUUGCAGAUUACGCGUGAUGGUAUAUAUCUGAUCGACUCUGGUGGGCAGUACUUGGAUGGUACAACGGAUGUGACGAGAUCGGUACAUCUCGGAGAACCAACUGCCUUCCAACGAGAGUGCUUUACGCGUGUUCUUAAAGGCUUCCUAGGUGUCGCUUCGGCAGUGUUCCCAGCGCGAGCUUCUGGUACCGUGUUUGAUGUUCUCGCCAGGCGUGCUCUAUGGGACGUUGGUCUCGAUUAUGGACAUGGAACUGGGCAUGGUAUAGGUGCGUACCUGGGUGUACACGAAUACCCACCAUCAUUCGUGUCGAACAGUGCGUCUCCUUCCAAUCAGGGUGUGGUGGAGAACAUGUUCUCUUCCAACGAACCAGGAUACUAUGAAGCGGGAGAGUUCGGUGUGCGGCUUGAGGACAUCGUGCAGGUUGUACCGGCCAGUGUACCACACAACUUUGGAGGGCGUGGAGCUCUCACGUUUUACACCAACACUUUAGUACCGAUUCAGAGAGCACUCAUCGAUGUAGAGCUGCUUUCUGCGGCUGAGAUCGCGCAUAUCGAUGCCUACCAUCGGCGAGUAAUGGAGGAGGUUGGACCUCUGCUAUUACAGCAAGAAGAUGCCGGUGCACAUCAGUGGUUGACUGAAGCGACACUACCGAUUGCAGGCGCGAGCUAAGACAGCUUAUCACUUAGUUUGCAUGCGUUGGAGCACGUAUAGAAGAACAAGACGUUACUCCCUGCUCAUUAAAACCCAACGAUUUUACAGGCUCAACCAGGUGCACUACAUUGUCGAAAAUAACUGUACAACGCGCAGUUGUAAUGCCCUAUAAUUGCAGCCUGCAGCAAGACCUCCUCAAUAGACCGUUUCAAAGAACAUCCAAGCAGCAACAUGAGGAAAGGUCCUUUAUCAACGUGAUUAAUAAAAAUAAUAAAUUAAUUGAUAAAAAUAGUUAAUUUGUAAGAGACAAAAACUAUCAUUCGAAAGGUUGGUAGGCAAAAUA